GCGUUAUCUACUCGUCUGAUAACAUCGCAACCUGGUCUGUCUCAUAUAGCAGCACGGGCAGAAAAUAGUCCGCACAUCUUGAAUCUUACAAUUCACCGUCUAAUUAGAACUAUAUCCGUUGAAAUAAUAGAACAUGGUGGCUCUUCGGCUGUCCGUGGCACUGGUGCUGCUAAUUGCGUGCGCGGGAGUGCUCGGCGGAGACAUCUGCCAAUUGUGCCAAUGCUCCACCGGCCCGGUUACCAUGGUGGAUUGCACGGAUAAGAUGCUGAACAGGGUGCCCAACGCCACCGACUGGCCCAAGGAUGUCCCGCUAGAGGCUCGCUUCGAUCACAACGAAAUUGUGCACCUGACCAGUCUGGGCUCCAUUCCCACCCUGACCAAGCUGUCUCUGACUCACUGCCGACUUACCUUGAUCGAGGAUAUGUCCUUCAUGAACCUGCCCAACCUGACUUUCCUCGACCUCUCAAACAACCAACUUACCUCGGAGACUCUUAGGCCACAGGUCUUCAGAGGGUUGUACUCGCCCGACAGUUACGAAGCCAUGAAGCAGAUGAAAAUCCUCCACUUGGGCUACAACGCGAUCCAUUCACUCGACCAGGACUUGUUCGAGCACCUCCCCUACCUGACUGAGCUCUCCCUCAAGUUCAACCCAUUCAACGUACUGGACCAGUCCACGGUUCUCGCCAUCAGCAGCCUCAACUACCUGAAGGUGCUCGACCUGAGCUAUACGAACCUGGCGUCCCUACCGAUGCACAGUCUGCACUCGCCUCGCUUCCUCGAGGAGUUGAACCUGAGUGGCAACCUGUUCAUCGAGAUCCCGACCCAGGCCCUGGCGGACACGCACGCCCUGAAGAUCCUCACCCUGGAUGACAAUCCGAUCCGCAACCUGGACAAGGACUGCUUCCCCUACAUGCCAACCCUGGAGCACCUUUCGCUGAACAACCUGCCAAACCUGACCGUGGUCGGCGCUGAGGCCUUUUACGGCAUGCAAAACCUCGAAGAACUCAUCAUGGUGGACAACCCGCAUCUGAUGUACAUUGAUCCUGAGGCGUUCAAGGGGCAAACGGACGGUGAUCAGUGGACUUUGAAAAGACUGCACCUGAACGGCAACAGCCUCGGCCGCCUGCCUAAGGAGUUGCUGAAAAGGUGGGACGCCCUGGACGAGCUGCGUCUGCAGGGCAAUCCCUGGAUCUGCGAUUGCGACAGCCAAUGGAUUGUCACAGACUUGAUUCACAUUUUGGACAGCAUGGCCGCGCCCAGUCUAGUGUGCCAUGAGCCGAUUGAGCUGCGCGGAACAACCUUCCAUGAUCUAGCGGAGAGCGAAUCGCACAUGCGGUGCCUCGACUUCUACGGCCACCAGCCCGAGAGGGACGGCGCGAUCCUGAUCGGCGUGCUGAUCGGAGUGUUGCUCGCCGUGCCCAUUACGACCGGGCUCGUCAUCCUGUGGCGCCGCUUCAGCCCCCAGAUCACGGGACGCUACAUGCCGAGGACAUCCGACUACAGGGCUUUCUACAAACGGGCUGACGCUUCUUUCAGCCACGAAACCACGUGAUAGUCAGGAUUGCCACAGUUGAUCAAACCCAUUUAUGCUGUAAGGCCUUCUACAUGUUUUAAAUCUAGUCUGAAAAUUGUCUUUCUUAUAAAUUUUAGCGUAAAACAGUCUGUUAAAAAAAUAUUUUAAAAUAUUUUGCUAGGAGAAAAACUUUGUAAUGAUUUUACAAAAUAUGAAACAACAAUGUUUAAUUCA